GUUCGGGGAAGAAAGAGGAGGAAAGUGUAGCUUGACGUAAGAAGAAAUGCAGCAUAUAGAGGCGUCUGUGUUGUGAAAAAUCCUGUGAGACACUGGAGACCAGCAUGAGGAAAGAUACCCCUCUCGAGAUGUCGCAGCUAUGAACAAUUGCCAGGUUCAUCGAGUUUGGGUGUAUCGUUGAUUAUGUGGAUCCAGCGCAUGCUAGAACUCUUGGAAGAUAUUCCUCUACUUCACUCAACAUGCUUUAAAUAAGUUUAAAGGAUGACAAGCAGACAGUUCAGUACAUGGCUAUCUGAAGCGUGAAGAAUCUCUGUCUGUGACAAGAACAUUUGGUCUUUCCCAGUACAUUCAUCAUGGCCAAAAGGGACACCUCACCCUCAGAGGGAACAGGUAUGACUUGGGAGGUGCGUGCCAACUGCAGAUACUUCCAUGAGCCCCUGGGACGCAAGUCUUUCUUGUGCUUCCGCUGGGGGCGUUACGCAGACAACUUGGUUCGCAGCUAUAAGUACUCUCCAUUGACCUUCCUGCCCCUCACACUAUAUGAGCAGUUCCAGCGAGCAGCAAACUUCUUCUUCCUGCUUAUUGUGGUCAUGCAGUGUGUUUCUGUCAUUGCCACUCUUCCCUGGUACAUCACCAUGCUGCCACUGCUCACCGUCCUUACAGUGCGUGGGGCCAAAGACCUGGUCACAGACCUGGGUCGACGCCGCAGUGAUGCCAAGAUCAACAGAAGGCCUUGUGACAUCCUAACUACAGAGGGUUUCACAACAGCUCAGUGGAAGGAUGUCUGUGUUGGAGAUGUUUUGCGGAUUCAUAAGGACGAGGUUAUACCGGCAGACCUGCUCCUCCUCUGCAGUACUGAACCCCACAGUCUGUGCUAUGUUGAGACUGCUGAUAUCGAUGGAGAAACAAACCUGAAGUUUCGCCAGGCCCUGAACAUCACCCACGCUGAACUGACCAGUGGUCGAACAGAGGAGCUUCUUGUGCCGUUUGAUGGAGUUGUGUGGUGUGAGGAGCCGAAUGGUCAUCUGUACUCAUUCAGGGGAGAGCUACACUGGAGAGGACAGUGCCAUCUACUGGACACAGAGUACAUGCUGCUCAGGGGAACAGUCCUGCGCAACACUGACACUGUGUAUGGACUGGCCAUAUACACAGGCUCAGACAGCAAAAUCCUCAGGAACUGUGGCAGUUUGAAAGUAAAGAAGACUCGGGUGGAGAGAUUCCUUAACAAAGUGGUGGUGACGAUUGUUCUCUCCUUGCUGAUAGUUGCUCUUCUCUUGGCUGUGGGAUGUGGCCUGUUUGAGCAUUUGGUUUCCCCAAAUAUUGAGGUUCUAUCUGCCAUAAGGGGCAGCGCCACUGCUGCAUAUCGGGGCUUCCUGACCUUCUGGGGCUACAUCAUCUUGCUAAGCCCUGCCAUGCCCAUAUCCCUCUACAUCACGUUUGAGCUGGUUCAUGUGGUGCACUGCCUCCUGAUUGGCUGGGACAUUGAGAUGUACUGGGAGGAGAAUGACAGGCCUGCUCAGGCCCGCACCACCUCUCUCAAUGAGGAGCUUGGGCAGGUGGGCCAUCUGCUGAGCGACAAGACAGGAACACUCACUCAGAACCGCCUACUCUUUCGCCAGUGCUGCAUUGCUGGGCAAAUUUACGGGGAUAUGACAGCAAAAUCAAAGCCGCUGGACCUGAGCUGGAACCGUUUCUCCUGUGGUGGACUUUGCUUCUCUGACCAGCGGCUGGUGGAACGGCUGCGGAAGCGGUCCUGCCCUGAGAGCCGAGAGUUCUUUACUGCACUGGCACUGUGCCACACUGUCAUGAGCGAGUGGAAAGACGGGUUGCCGCGAUAUCAGGCUGCAUCUCCAGAUGAAGAGGCUCUAGUUUGUGCAGCUCGAGAGCUGGGCUGGGUCUUUCUCUCCCGCACACGUGACUCUUUGACAGUCAGUGAACUGGGAUUUACGCGCCACUACCACCUGCUGGCCCUGUUGGACUUCAGUAGCAAGCGGAGGCGCAUGUCUGUGCUGGUGAGAACACCAGAGGGAGAGCUGAAGCUGUACUGCAAAGGUGCAGACAUUGUCAUUCUCGAGCGGCUGAGAAAGGAUAGUCUGCAUCAGGAGAGCACAGAGCAGGCUUUGGAGGUUUUUGCACAGAAUUGUCUGAGGACGCUGUGUGUGGCUGUUCGUCGUGUGUCUGAGGCUCAGUGGACAGAGUGGAGCCACGCCCUCAGCCAGGCUGCCACAGCAACUGUUCACCGAGAGACCAUGCUGGAGGAGCUGCAUGAACACAUGGAAAAAGAGCUAACGAUGCUAGGUGUGACGGCCAUCGAGGAUCGUCUGCAGGAAGGCGUUCCUGAGACUAUCUCCAGCCUCCGACGAGCAGGGGUGAAGGUGUGGGUGCUAACUGGAGAUAAGACAGAAACGGCUGUGAAUGUGGGUUAUGCCUGCAAGUUGAUGGAUCCAGAUACAAGACUGCUCCAAGGCGAGGAGCUGAGACAGCUUCUCCAGUCUCCCACUCCAGAUGUGUGUUUCCAUAAGGAUAAAGAGUCUCUUAUUUGGAGCACAGAUAAAAGUGGUAAAGCCGCCAUUGUCGUUGGUGGAUUUGAGCUUGCAGAACUGAUCAAGACACCUGAGAUGGGUGCCAGGUUUGUGUCUCUGUCCAAUCAGUGCCAGUCGGUGCUGUGUUGCCGAGUGACCCCAGGACAGAAGGCAGAGGUGGUCGAGUUGGUCAAGAAGUAUUCUUCCUCUAUCACCAUGGCGAUAGGAGAUGGUGCCAAUGAUGUGAAUAUGAUUAAGACGGCACAUAUAGGGGUGGGCUUAUGCGGUGUGGAGGGUGGUCAAGCAGUACAGAAUGCAGACUUUGCUCUGGCCCAGUUUAGCUUCCUGCGCAGGCUGCUGCUGGUCCACGGCCGCUGGUCUUACCGCCGCAUCUGCAGCUUUCUGCGCUACUUCCUCUAUAAAACCUCCUGCUUUGCUUUGGUGCACAUCUGGUACAGCUUGUACAAUGGCUUUAGUGCCCAGCCGAUGUACGAGAGCUGGUUUAUUGCCCUCUAUACCACCACGUAUACCUCCCUGCCUGUUCAGUGCCUUGGCUUUUUCGAACAGGAUAUGAGUGCUGAGAGCUCUCUUCGCUGGCCAGAGGCCUACUCAGCUGGACAGAGGAAUGAGUUUUUAAACCCUUUAAUCCUGCUUGCCACACUGCUCUACUCCAUCUACACCUCCAUCAUCCUUUUCUUCUUACCCAUGGGAGUCCUCCAGUACUCAGAUGUGGACUAUCAGACUUUGGCUGUUACUGUGGAAAUGUCAGCUAUAUUCUCAGUAACUCUUGAGAUUAUUUUAGAGACCAAGUUCUGGACCAAGUAUAAUUUUGCCACAGUGCUUCUCAGCCAGGUGUUGUUCUUUCUGUCCACCGUGAUUCUUCAUAGCCCUCGUCUGUUCACGGCUUUCCCUCACGACUACGUCUUCUUUGGAGCAUCACUAAAUGCCUUUGCCAACCCUGUGGUGUGGCUUGUUGUGUUUCUGACCACCUGCACUGCUGUCCUCCCCUCCAUUACAGUGCGAGCCCUAAAUGUGGUGCUAACAAACCCCAACAAACACAAGAUCCAUUCGUCAGAGGAGCCAGUUGCACUGCAGUCAUGGUUCAGGAGAGGUGUGCCUCAACGUCGCUCAUCCUACGCAAUGUCCCAAGGAAAAGGCUUUGGAAAACUAAUGACUUUGGGAACUGGGCCCCUUUCUACAGCGCCCCCUCUGGAUGGGAAGGUAGCAAAGGACACAGUAAGGGCAGACUCUCCACAAAUAGCACAAGCAGAAGCUGCUAAUGGUGUGACGUCCGAUGAAAAUAAAUCUGGGAACGUUCAGCAUGGCGUUACCUUGAAAAGGACAGAAUAGACUUAUGGAAAUCUUAGUCUGGUGGUUACAGACUUAAAAAAGCACUCUUGAAUUUUCAGUUCCUGUUUGACUGUGCAAUUUGGACCACUUGCAACAGCUCAUCUGACAUAGCAAUGUAAAAUUCUAGGUCUACUUAUGGCAGUGUGCUCAUUUUGUGCACUUCAUGCUAUCACUCAUAUGAGCUAAAGUAUGGCUGAAGAAACUUAAAUACCCCAGCAACUGUGUACCAGCAAAAAGAGAAGUAUUUAACUGAAUGAAAAGCAUACAUCAUAAGUACUCUGAAGUGCUCAAAAUGUUUGCACAAAGUUGGCUAUGUUGCUAAAAUUACUUGCGCUCCACACAAAAAAUUAUUCAUAUAUGUGGACCCAGGUACAGAUAUUUUUCUUUUGCUGAAGAAAUGGACUGCACAUGAUUUAGAAUCAUGUUGAUAAAUCCAUGGUUCCUGCAGAUCCUUAAAAGGUUUUAAAAAGUUAGAUUUAUUAAGUUAUAGUCAUAAAUGUGACUUUUUUUUUUUACUAUUAGAGGUAUUAAAUUCUAAGAUUAUGCUUUAAGUUUGAAUUUAAAAAGUCAAAAUGCUUCAGAAUAGUCUUCCAACCAAAAAUAUCGAUCCAAUAUCUGGAUGAUAAGAAAGUCAAACACACUGAAAAGACAGUUUGAGGAAAAGAGAGAGCAGUUAGUGGAGCUACAGAGGGAAAUUGAGAAGAGGACUAUUGAGCUACACGUCAUGCAUUUACUGUAUCUCGAAGCAUACAUCAUUGUUUAAUAUUCAAACAAUUGAUUUGAAUAAAACAUAAACAUAAAGCCAUUAAAACAGUGGAAGUGGUAUUAUUUUUUCUUAAUUUAAGUCUUAAAAAGAUAUGAAAAAGAACUGAAUUAGAUUUUAUAAAUCGUUUAGCAACCCUGUAAAUGAAAUAUUUUAAU